GAGCAUCGGGAGUGCAGAGCGCGUGCCCGUUAGUCAUUUGGCCAAUCAGAGUGGGGCCGAUGGGCAAGCCGGCUGCCGGCUGUCACUCCGGCUCAAGGCCCGAACGUGUUUCCUCUGUGGCUGGACCAGACCCUUAACAAUCAGGGCGGGGCUAAAUCGCACUCUACCAAUAGCAGGAGGCGGCCGGGUCAGGCCAGAGAUGCUCCCUGCGUUGUGAUCGCUGAGGAAAUACAAGUCCGCGCCGAGAAACCGCUGCCCUAGGUAAGCGGCCUGGACCGAGGGAGGCAGCGCUGCCCGUUAGUCAGAGAGCCAAUCAGAGUGGAACAAGCCAAGCCAACGACCAACAGCCACCCCGCCUCGAGGCCAAACGUAUCUCUCCUCCGAUUGGGCGAUGUCCGUGCCAAUCACAGCGGGAGCCACGAAAUCUCGGCCAAUAGCAAGAAGCCCCCGGUUCCGAUUUGCGGCGCCGGGUCCACGCGGUGGUUGCGAUCGAGGUCGGCGCUUGGUGAUCCACCUCCCCUUAAGCCAAACCCCUGGAGCAGGCCGGCGUCGCGCGCGCUUGUCAGUCAGAGAGCCAAUCAGAGUUGGGUAAGCCGGCGGCCCCUGCGGCUGCAGGCCGAACUGUUUCCUCUGUGAUUGGGCGAGCCGCCUGACAAUCAGGGCGGAGCCAGCCAAGGCUCGGCCAAUAGCAGGAGGCGGCCAGGUCAGCCCUGCGACUAACUGUAGGCGCGGUGGUCGUUAAGACGGUUGGGAGGCUGCACCCACGACACCCUACCUGCGCGCCGGCCCUCGGCGUCUAGCGCCCGCCGGCGGCCCAUCUCGUCAUGUCAGGCCCUGCUUGGAUUUAGUCCUUCAGGCCUCCGCCCACCCGCCUACCCGAAGCCGCGCCCACCGCCCAGAGCCAGAGGGAUGGUGGUAGUCACCGGGCGGGAGCCAGACAGCCGUCACUCGGACGGUGCCAUGUCCAGCUCCGAAGCCGAAGACGACUUCCUGGAGCCGGCCACUCCUACGGCCACGCAGGCGGGGCACGGGCUGCCCCUGCUGCCCCAGGAGUUUCCUGAGGUCGUCCCCCUUAACAUUGGAGGAGCUCACUUUACCACACGCCUGUCUACCCUGCGGCGCUAUGAAGACACCAUGUUGGCUGCCAUGUUCAGCGGGCGACAUUACAUCCCCACAGACUCUGAGGGCCGGUACUUCAUUGACCGAGAUGGCACACACUUCGGAGAUGUGCUGAACUUCCUGCGGUCAGGGGACCUGCCACCCCGGGAGCAUGUGCGGGCUGUGCACAAAGAGGCCCAGUACUAUGCCAUCGGGCCCCUCUUGGAGCAGCUGGAGAACAUGCAGCCUCUGAAGGGCGAGAAGGUGCGCCAGGCCUUUCUGGGGCUCAUGCCCUAUUACAAAGACCAUUUGGAGCGGAUCGUGGAGAUUGCCCGGCUGCGCGCAGUCCAGCGGAAGGCCCGCUUUGCCAAGCUCAAAGUCUGUGUCUUCAAGGAAGAGAUGCCCAUCACCCCCUAUGAGUGUCCACUCCUCAACUCCCUGCGCUUUGAGCGGAGCGAGAGUGACGGACAGCUCUUUGAACACCACUGUGAAGUGGACGUGUCUUUCGGGCCCUGGGAGGCAGUGGCUGACGUGUAUGACCUGUUGCACUGUCUGGUCACGGACCUGUCAGCCCAGGGCCUCACAGUGGACCACCAGUGCAUCGGGGUGUGCGACAAGCACCUUGUCAACCACUACUACUGCAAACGCCCCAUCUAUGAGUUCAAAAUCACAUGGUGGUGAGCAGUCCUGCUAGGCAAGGGUCCCAUGAAGGAGGCUGUCCGUCCAUCCUCUUGGGGGGCUCUGGGAGUCUGAUCCCCAGAGGAGCUGCUGACUGUCCCAGAACCUGCUGAGGUGAGGACAGCGUGCUGAGGCACAGAUGCAGAGGCUCAGGUGCUGCUGCCGUCUCCCUGGCUCCGCUACCUUGGGGACUCAGUCUGCUCUCACCCGGUCUUUUCCUCGAGGCAUGGCGGCGAUCUUCACUGGAGGCCACGGGACCUAGUGAGGACGUCACUGGGAGUCCAGAGAGGUUUGAUACCUUCUUGACACGGUGCAGGAGUGCUUCUGCCCAGGUUAGAGCCGUGUCACUAAAGGAGGUGUCGCCACUUUCUCA